UCGACAGCUCCCAGUGCCUCCUCGUCCAAACGGCCUCACACAGACCACCACCAGCCGCCAUCCCACCACCACAACCGCACGCCCGCGUCAUACAGUGGCUGCGCAUCGCGGGGGCUUCCAAGUUCAAUUGUCGGCACGCAUAUCACAGCCCGACCUUCUGAACCACUGCGCACGCCCAAGCACGCACAACCUCGUCCGAGGCACAGCGCCACUCGUCAUCAUGCUCACCUCGACAACCACUGCCUUUGCCCGCCAGGGCGCCCUGGGCGUCCGUGGCCUUGCCCUCCAGCCAACCGCUUGCCUCUCCCCCUCUGCUCGUCCAUGCGGCUCCCUGGUCUCCUCGCUCGCCCGCCGCCAAUUCACAGCCCAGGUGUCUGCCUCAUCACCAACCAGGCACUUCUCCAGCAAGAUCCGACCUGGCGCCGCAUCGCUCGCCACCGGCCUUCCCAGCUUCGCGAUCCGCCGACAUGCCAGCACGGUGCCGGGCUCUUCCACCCCGACGCUCGACUGGAACACCUUCUUCACUCUCCGCAAGACCCGGCGGCGCUUCCAGCUCGUCAGCAGCAUCCUGACGACCAUCAUCGGAGGAGGUGGCGGCGCAAUGCUCCUGGUCAACCAGGACCUCGACUGGCUGCUCGGCAAGAUCCCCAUGGACCCUUUCUUCUCUCUGGGCCUCAUCACGCUCAGCUUCGCGGGUCUUGGCUGGCUCGCCGGUCCCAGCUUGGGCAACGCCAUCUUCUACACUCUCAACAGCGGCGGGCACGUCAAGCAGUCCAUGGCGAUCAAGGAGGCCGAGUUCUUUGCGCGCAUCAGGAAGAACCGUGUCGACCCGGCCUCGAGCUCGGUCCAGAACCCAGUCCCCGAUUUCUACGGUGAAAAGAUCUCCAGUGUCGCCGGAUACCGACGAUGGCUGAAGGACCAGCGGGCCUUUGCGAUGAAGCGUGAGCGUGGCGAGAGGCCAACCUAUCCCGCUUAGGAGAUGAAACCAUCGCUCUGUUAAUACUACCCGCACGGGGAUGUUUGGCGUUGUGGUGCUGGAGCGUCAGUCUGGGACAGAAGCCUAUGGGCCAAUCCUACACAGGAAUCCAAGGGUGAGAUGAUGCAAGGACAGGAAAAGGGGUGAUGUAAUUCUAGGCGUUUUGUUAUACUGGGGUUAUAGGUACUGUCAUGUCCAUCAGGUGCUGGAUUUACCGUGGCAAAGGGAAAGAGGGAAACAUCAUCUUGCCUCUCAAUCAUUUGUCUUCACAGCAAAAUCCCCCCCCCUUUCAAGUCAUCAUUGUAUAUGUACCAAUAUCGGAGCCCAUGACACGAGUAAGGAACGAAAGGUCGAAACAACUACACAAACG